AUGGAUUCCCUCCCGCAUAGCUCGGGCGGGAACCAUUAUCCCAGCAUUCCGACUCAUUCCCGCGGCCCAACUUCUCUGCGCUGCUGCUGUGGUCGUGAUGACUGUGCCCUGCUCGAACACAAUAAUGUCGCUCUCGAGGGUCUGGAGAAAGACCUGGAGACGGCCGCAAAAUUAGGUCAGGCUCUCCUCCAUCGCCAUGAAAGUUAUAUGGCCGAGGCGGAAGAGGACCGCCAGCGCUUGAUCGACAAUGUCGACUCGGUUGAGCGCGAAAAACGUCAGGUACAAGCGGAGAAUGCACGCAUAGUUGAAGAAAACCGCAGUCUUCUGGAACAGCUCGAGGGGUUGAACAAGACUGUCGCCGACUCGGACGACCAGAUACAGUCGUUGAGUCUCACUUUGGAAAGAACCCAGGCGGAGCUGCGCAGGUUAACAGUUGCUGCAUCGCAUGCCGGGGAGCUCGAAACACAGUUAGCUAUCAUGGAGGUCGAGCAGUCGAGAAUGCAGGAUAGCCUCAUAUCUGCUCAGGAAGAUGAGCGGUCUGCUGUACAACGUUGGCGCAAUGCCGAGAGCGCACUACGGUGCCUCAAUGACCAGGUUCAACGGAUCGAGACGGAGGCUCGCGAAGAACGCGAGCGACAUGAGGACUUGAUUCAGCGAAUGGAGCGCAAGCGAAUCGUGGAACGAGAACUGGACAAUGCUGCUGUCAGGCUGAAGGGUGCAGCAGCCGCCUCUGAACUCACCCGCAACUCUGGGACGCAUGUGGUUUCACGCUUUGUCAAGGAUAUCUUGGAAGACAAUGCGCAUUUGCAGGUUGGCAUCACGGAACUGCGUGAAAUGCUCGAGAGCUCCAACCAGGAAGUGCAGAAUUUGCGGGAUCAGGUUCUCUACCACCAACCGCUGGACGGCCUGGACGAAGAGAACAAUGGUGAAUUUACUCCGACUGCAACACUUUCCGAGGAACUAGAGGCAAAGGAACGUCGUGUCUCCCAAGAAUUCCACGUCCACCACCACUACCACACCCCAACAUCAUCACGCAAAGACAAGGGCUCUCUCAACCGUCGUGUCAAGAAGAAACGGCCUUCCUUGGGAAGUCCUGCCCCCCUGCACUCUGCCGCAAUUCACUCCCCUCGGCGAUCCAUUCAUCGCUCCCAGUCGUCGGGGUCAUCUAUGAAUACAAUCUUAUCACAAACAUCCGCCUCUAUUCCACCGUCCUCCUCCCGUCGAUGGUCUAUGCAAUCUCCACCGGCAGAUUCUUUGGCAAGCUCCCCGCGAUCUGCCUUUCGCACCUCGUCGAUUUUCGAUCGAGGAGAUCGUGGAUACGAUUACUCUCAAGCUACUAGCCCAGAUAGCACCGUUUUCUCUUCUCCUCUUACCGAUGCCCAACACACCAAAGGCUUUGAUCUACCGAUCAGGUCGAUGAGUGACUUUGAAAAAUUUGACCAACCGUCCAUGGACGACCCGUCUGGCUUUUUCAAUGAGGAUAACUACGGUCGACCCGCGUUCUUGGAUCUAUAUGAUGGCAUGAAAACCCAUCAUGCUAUCCCAGAGGAGUCCGAACCAUCAUCCUCUGGAAUUUAUUCUCAAUCUAUAACAAAUGACCCCUCAUCAGCUCAUGCGGAGGGUAUUGCUGGGCUCAAUAUACCAUAUACGCCUUCGCUUCGCAAGUCGUCGUCCCACGACAGCCUCCUCUCCGUCGCUGGCAUGGACAUUCAUACUCCUAUCAACCGCCAAGCCCGCAUGGGUGUCUGGCACCCAGGCAUCCGCAUUCCUCAACGCCUCAUCUCUCCCAGCGUUGGGCUAAGUUCUACACCUCCAAUCAUAUCGGUCGCCACAAUCACAGCCGAUCGCGCCAAGGGCCCCGAGAAAUCCUCUCGCUCUUUACUUGCCUCUAUGGCUGCAAGUGCUGGGAACAGCCUUCCCGUAGACUCCGCAUCUGUCGUUUCGGCGGACAGUUCCAGCACUGCCUCCACCACAACCCCUGGAUCUCGCAAGUCCUCCGCGUUGGGUCGAUGGGUUUUGGGUCGGUGGGGGACAGCCCCUGUUUCCGAAGACAAGGAUCCUGAGAUCGAAGAGCGCAUUGCCGCGAUUGAAUCUGCUUUAAUCCCAGAACCCUCAUCUUCAGAAACAACAUCUACGGCCCCUCCCAGAGUGCCACCUUCAGAUGUAGAUCAUGCAUCAUCAUUCCGCUUCAGGUACCCGGGCGUGAAUCAAAAGGGCCCAAUCAUGGGUCUUCGUCCUCCGCCUGCAGCCCCAGUGACCCUUCAAGUGCAGGGCAUUGAUGAGAAUCUCUUGCGAGAAAGUCUUGCUGAAAGUGGCGAGAUGGGCUGA